AUGCUUCUGCUUCUGUUCGUACAUGCUGUGAAUUCAGCUAAUUUCAGUGAGAUUUUCCAGCCAAACUGGGCACCUGACCACAUCGUCAUUCAAGGGGACGAAAUUUCAUUGUCUCUCGACAACACUACCGGUUGUGGAUUUGAAUCCAAGAAAAAGUAUCUAUUUGGGAAAGCCACUACUCAACUCAAACUAGUUCAAGGCAAUUCAGCUGGAACCGUUAUUGCUUUCUACAUGGCAUCUGAUGGGAAUAACCACGAUGAGCUAGACUUUGAGUUUCUUGGCAAUGUUUCAGGAGAACCAUACCUCGUACAGACAAACAUAUACGUUAAUGGCAGUGGAAAUCGAGAGCAGAGGCACAGUCUAUGGUUCGAUCCAACUAUGGACUUCCAUACCUACUCGUUCUUCUGGAAUCGUCGCUCCAUCUUAUUUCUUGUGGAUGAUAUUCCGAUUCGAGAAUUUUCGAGCAAGGAGAAAAAAGGGGUCCCAUAUCCGAAAAAUCAACCAAUGGGAAUUCAUGGAUCAUUAUGGAAUGCUGAUGAUUGGGCUACACAAGGAGGGAGGGUGAAGAUUAAUUGGAGCUAUUCCCCAUUUGUUACUACAUUUCAGUCAUUUGAUAUUGAUGCAUGUGAAUUAUCACCGGAUGAAGUAGAUGAUCCCGUGGUGAAAUGUGGAAAAUUGGGGCAAUUCUGGUGGGAUAAGCCUGUCAUGAAGGGGUUGAAGCAGCAAAGGAAAAGGCAAUUAAAUUGGGUUCGCAACAAGUUCUUGGUAUAUGAUUAUUGUAAUGAUACGGCUCGAUUUUCUGAGAUGCCAAAAGACUGCCUUUUUGUUUAG